GGGCGGGGGCUUCCUGCGCCGCCGCCGCCGCAGCGCCGGCCCCGGCGGCGGCACCAUGGGGCUGCGGCGGCUCCCGGCGCUCCUGGCGGCCGCGGUGACCGCCUGGUGUGUGCUGAGCCCGGGCCUGGGCAGUGGGACCCCCUCCGCGGCCAGCACGACCAACCCCCCCGGCACCGCCGAGCCCCCCGGCACCGAGCGGAGCGCCCGGACCCGGCCGCCGGGGCAGGAGGGAGCUGGCACCGAGCGCUCGUGGCCGCCGGGCCCUGCCGGCACCAGCACCGGCCCGGCAGUGACAGUGGGGGGGACACCCGCCGAGGGGACCCCCGCCACCGCCGGGCCCUGGGGAGCGGUGCCCACCGCGGUGGCUCCCUCCGGGGCUGGCAUGCUGGGAAAUGCCACGGUGAUGGGCACCGCGGCGCCGGAGGGGACCCCCACGCGCUCCCCCAACCCUGGUGCAUGGGAGGGGGCAUCUGCCAGCGCCCCGCCGGUGUCCCUGGCCCCCACGGGUGACACCUCCCCGGGGACCAGCAAGGACCACGCGGUGGCUGUGGAGCUGCCGACGGGGACGCCUGGGCCCACUGCGGUGACAGCAUCCCUGGCAGCGGGGGGGCCGCUGAGCCCUGCCAGCACCCCGAGCCCGGUGGGGACAGAUCUGGCCACCCGAGGGGCCCCUGACGCCCGAUGGUGGCACGGGGCCGACGUCACCCAGCGGGAUCCCAGCUCUGCCCCGGGGGCUGGGGGUCUCCCCAUGGCUGGCACAGACCAACCAGCCGUGGCGACAGCCCCCAGCGCGCCACCGGCCACCACCGAGGCGUCGGGGCUGCCUGUCCCCACCGCCACGGCCAGCGCCCGGGGGCAGGCGGCCCCUGGCCCGGAGCGAGGCCUCACCCCGACCGCGGGGGUGUCGGGGCCGGCCGGCACCGAGGGGCUCCCCGAGCGCGGCUGGGACCCCCCGGCCGGCACCGGGCACCCACCGGCCAGCACCUCGGUGCCCCACGCCAGCCCCACGGCCCCGCCGGUGUCCCCCCAGCCCACCCCGGCCAGCAGCUCUGCGGCACCCACCGCCCCGGCCCCGGGGCUCGGCACCCCCACGGCCACCGAAACCCUGGGGAUGCCGGAGCGGGGUGACACCGGGUCCCGGGGAGCCACCGGCCGCCCGCCGCCCUCCUCCAGCCCGCCGGCCCGCGGGACCCCGACGCCGGCCCCCAGCACGGGGCAGCCAGCAGCCCCCCGGCACCCGGCCACGUCCCAGCCGGCCCCGGGGACACCGGAGGCCAGCACCGCCGUGGUGGCCGGGACCUCCACCAGCACGGGGACCCCCCCAGCUCCCGCGGACGCCGCCUCCCCCCAUGGCAGCAGCAGCCCCUCGCCGAUGCCUGGGACUCUUGGCUGGAGCACGAGCGGCCCCGGGGGGUGGCCGGCGGCAGGGACACCCCCCGCGCGGGGCCCGGCGGUGGCACCCGGGGUCUUCGUGGUGGAGGAUCAGCCGCCCCUGCUCAGAGCCGCCCUUCUGCGCGUCCCCUGCGAGCUGGUGCUGGACAUGGGCUUCGUGCCCGCGCUCGGGGACCCGGCGUCACGCGAGCACCGCGGCCUGCUGCAGCGCUUCAACGAGACGAUCUCCCCCCUCUUCAUGGCGGUGCCCGGCUUCCUGCGGCUGGAGGUGAAAAGCAUCAGGCGGGGCAGCGUCGUGCUGGAGUACGACGCGCUGUUCGCGGCCGCCCGGGUGCCCCCGCGGGGGCCGGCGCUGGGAGCCCUCCUCAACGCCACGCUGGCGCCCGGCGGCAUCCGCCCGCGGCUGGCGGUCGGCACGGCCCCCGUCCUGCGCAACGUGGCCCUGGAGCGGCCGCUGGACCCCUGCGCCGUGCUCUUCUCCUGCCGAGCCGGGUUCGACUGCGUGGCCGGGGCAGACGGCACGGCCCGCUGCACCUCCGUGUGCCACCGCGACUACUGCAAGAACCACGGCAUCUGCACGCACGCCCGGGACCGCCAGCCCGUCUGCCAGUGUCCCGUCGGCAGCGACUUCUGGUUCAUGGGGCUGCGCUGCGACUACCGGGUGACGCAGCAGGGCCUGCUGGGCAUGGCCUGCGGGGUGCUGCUCAGCCUGGCCCUCGUGGGCGCCGUCGUCGCCGGCCUCGUCAUCCGCCGCUUCCGGGCGCUGCUCCUGCAGGCCAAGGUGGACCAGACCAAGAGCAGCUACCGGCGGUUCUGCCGCCUGGACGACGUCUCGGCGCAGUACUGGUCUCAGCCCUGGCUCGCCUCGGCCAACUCGCUGGACAAUCCCGCGUUCAGCAACUCCGAAGAGCUGCUCCAGUUGCAGAUCCUGGACAACGGUUGCUGCAGCUGUAGGGACGACUCGGCGGUGGCCAACAGCUACAAGCAGCAGCCAACGCCGCCCGCGCGCGCCGUGUGCCGGCCCGGUUUCCAUUACGACUGGGACACAAGUUCUAGCAGCAUGAACGACCCCAUGGUCGACUCAGGAAAAGCCAGCGAUAUUUCCGUGUCGAGUUGGCCCAUGGAACCCAUCCAGUGGACCCCUUUUCCCAUCCUACACCAGCUGUCCAGGCAGCGACCGCACAAAGGCAGACGGCCGCAUUCUUACUGCGAGGGGAUGGAACUGGCCAAUCUCGAGAGGAGCUGGACGGCCUGACAACUACAGACUGAAAUACAGGCAACAAGUUUCAGCUUUUAAAACCAACCACAUUUUAUUUCCACAUAACAAGCUCAGUGAAGGAAUUUCAAACACUUUGACAAUACAAUCAACGCAGGUGUGAUGUCAGUUCUACUUGAUGCAGAGUCCUGAAGGUUAUCAGCCAACUUUUUCACCACUGCUUCAGACCAGACUUUAGAAGCCAGCUUUGGCUUGGGACAGUGUAUUUCAUAGUAAGUAAUUACAGAUAAGUGUUGAGUAACACACAAUGCUGGCAUCCAACAGAGUUAAUGACUUACAUCCGGCAAUUUGAAAAUAAAGUCUAACAGUUUUUGAAGUCACAUCA